CCGACAGACACCGACGCACAGGACAGGAACGGACGAGCCAUUUUGGAUUGGACGGACCGAGCCAAGCCGAACCAAAGUCAAUUAGCAGGCGAGCAGAGCGCGAGAGGACUUUGACAUCCUCGUGAACCACCUCGAUCGGAUUUCUCUCAGACGGCGGGAAGAGCGGGGGAACUAUAAGCCAUCAUGAACUUCGUAAUGAAACAGGCGCUUGGAGGCGCCAGCAAGGAUAUGGGCAACCUGAUGGGGGGAGGAGAGGAGAAGGACCCCGAGAAGGAGGAGGAGAAGAGGAAGAAGGAGGAGGAGAGGCAGGAGGCGCUCAGACAGCAGGAGGAGGAGCGCAAGGCCAAAUACGCCAAGAUGGAGGCCGAGAGGGAGGGCGUCCGCCAGGGCAUCAGGGAUAAGUAUGGCAUCAAGAAGAGGGAGGAGAAGGACGCUGAGGCGGCUGCUGAGGCGGAGGCGGCGUCUGAAGGCAGCUUGACGCGUCCUAAGAAGGCGGUGCCGCCGGGCUGCGGCGACGAGGACGAGGAGGACCCGGGCCUCAUGGAGACCGUCAUGAAGUUCCUGCCGCCCCAGCUCAACAACGUCCUCGACAUGUUCAACAAGAAAUAA